UGGAUCUACAGGCGAUGUCCGCGGUAACGGUCCAGCCUCUGCCAUUCGGCCGCCUUGAGCGAGAGAGACACAUCGAGGCGCUCUUCCACGCCUUCCGCAAGGUGCCGGGACCUUCGUCGGACCACGAGGACUCCGCAGUGUUUCCUGGUCUCCAGGGGGCGGGUCCUGGCCGUGAAGAGGGGGAGGUGAUGGAGAAAGACGCAGAAGAUGGUGUGGGCCCUGGUGGGGACGGGAACCAGCGUCGGCACGGAUACGGGGCAGAGGGCCUGACACUGCUGAAUAACAUCAGCCAGCUACGCAUCACAGCCAGGCCUGAACUGCAAGGUCCCCGCUGCGUGCCCCGCAGGACAUACAGCAUCGCCACGGGAACCAGCGAGCAGCUCUACGUGGCCGUCGAAGAGAGCUCGUGUCUGUGCCUGCACUGCUGCGGCCCGGCUCGCUCCUGCUCCCUGCGCGCCUUCGACCGCCAAGCCCACCAGGUCUUCCUGUUCGACAGGCCCCCGCGGAUGGACGCGUGUUGUCUUGGCUGCUGCCUGAUGGAAAUGCAGGCCUUCGAUGGCGACGGACAGCUAGCGGGGGCCGUGUACCAGAGGUGGAGCAUGUUCACCCCCCUCUUCGAGGUUUGUGACUCGGACGGGACGUUCGUGGCUCGAGUCCAGGGCUCCUGCUGUCCCUGCCGUUGCUAUGCCAACCAGGAGUUUCAGGUGGUUUCGAUGCUUGGAGAGACACUAGGGAGGAUCUGGAAGAAAUGGCCCGGAUUCAACAAGGAAUACAACAUGGACCAUGAAUACUUCGGGCUGGACGGUGAAAUCGCUUUCUGAUCCCGGCCUCUGCUUCCAUGAAGUGAGCGCAAGGUGACUCAGAACAGCUGUUAAAGAAGAUUGUUUGUUUCCUCCACAGUACUUCAAGAAAUGAGUCCCAGAAACAAACUGCUUUUACUUGCUGCUACCUUCCUUCUGGUGAGUAACAAAUUUUAAUCCCUACUUGGCGAUGAACAUUAAGCAUAAAACAUAAAUGAAUUUGUAAAUUGAAAGAAGAUUCCCUGUAUACGUCAUUAAAACUGGCCGCCGUAAUAAUUCUGCAGUUCCAUGAUUCUCUUUUCUCAUAUUCUCCUUUGCAAGAAUCACAUGUUCUUCGAGAUGAGCUGAGCCAUCUAGAAACCCCAGAACUGAUGGGCCGAGUUGCAGGAUUUGGGCAUCUAGUCACUGAGAAGUUUCAUAGAGGAAAUCUGAUGAUGGAGAUCCUUGGUCUGCAGAAGAUGGCAAUUAAGGGUUGAACGACAA